GCCCCCUCUUCCCGCAUGCUUUUCUGUUUCGUGAAUGUCUAAUGUAGUGGAGUAAACAUAGCCGUAUCUUUGUGUCUAUGUGCUGCAGUGAGGGGGUAUAAAGAGUGCACCGAGUUUAAUGUCGUCUGUCGAAUUUAUUCGCUGCCAGACGACAGACAGGCCCUCCCUUUAAACCAAACUGCACUAUUACACACUCCGCUCAUUUGCUGCUAGCUGGCUAGCAGUGCUAACUAAAUUGUGAAUAAUGAAGAAUUCAAACAGUAACAUCAGUAUUAUGGACAUGUUUGAAAAGGGGAAAGUCUUGAAAAUAUGUGCGCCAAUGGUUCGAUAUUCAAAGCUUGCUUUCAGGUCCUUGGUGAGAAAAUACGACUGUGACAUCUGCUUUACCCCAAUGAUAGUUGCUGCUGAUUUUUUGCGGUCUGUCAAAGCCAGAGACAGUGAGUUUACCACCAACCAAAAUGAUCAUCCCUUGAUAGUUCAGUUUGCAGCCGAUGAUGCCCAGUCUCUAGCUGAUGCUGCCUGUGUGGUAGCCCCAUUUUCAGAUGGAGUUGACCUAAACUGUGGCUGCCCACAAAGAUGGGCCAUGUCAGCUGGGUAUGGUGCAUGCCUCAUCAACAAACCUGAACUUGUGAAAGACAUGGUGAGAACUGUCAGAAACCAAGUGGAUAAUCCGAACUACACAGUUUCCAUCAAAAUAAGAAUUCACAAGGACCUGAGGCAGACUGUGGAUCUAUGCCAGAAGGCUGAGUCAGCUGGUGUGUCAUGGAUAACAGUCCAUGGCCGUACAUCAGAGGAACGCCACCAGCCCGUCCAUUACGAUGCCAUAAAGACGAUUAAAGACAGUGUAUCUGUCCCUGUAAUAGCCAAUGGGGACAUUAAAUACCUCCGUGAUGUGGAGUCCACUUACCAGCUUACUGGUGUUGAUGGUGUGAUGGCUGCUCGGGGGUUACUUGCUAAUCCUGCCAUGUUUGCUGGCUAUGAAGAUACUCCUCUGGAGUGUAUAUGGGACUGGGUGGACAUAGCUAUAGAGCAGGGCACUCCAUUCACCUGCUUCCACCAUCAUCUAAUCUACAUGCUGGAGAGAGUUAGUUCCCAACCAGAGAGAAAAGUGUUCAAUUCCUUAUCUAGUACCUCAGCUGUCAUAGAUUACCUUCAGAACACAUACGGGUCAGUGCAUGAUCUGGAAACAUAGCCAACAUGGACACAUCAUAAUAGGUUCUAACAUUUUAUACUUUGUAUUUUUGAUGCCAAAUAAACAUUAACGGUGAA